AUGUCAUUACUAAACUGUCGAUAUCUAAUACAGAGGCGACAGUUCUCAAUACAAACAUCAAGACUAUUUAAAACCAGGGAUAUAAGACCAAUUUUCAAACCACAUUAUUCAAAUCCAAAAAACAAUAAUCAAUCAUUUCAAAAAAAUUUACCAUUAACAGAAAAACCACAAAAGCCAUGGGAAGUUGAAAAUAUAAGUAAAGAUAGAUUUUUUAAAAGAAAAUAUGGUAAAAUGUCAGAUGAAAGAAGAUCAGGUUUACAAGAAAAAGUUGCAAGACAAAGACGUUAUAGAGAAAUGAAAAAGGAACAUGAAAAACAAAAAUUUGAAAAAGAAAAUCCAGAAUAUAGAAGAUCUAGAGUAGAAAUAGAUUAUGAUGGACAAAGUGCUAAAGAAAUAAUGGAAGAAGAUGGAGGUAGUAAAAGGGCUUUUGGUGGUGGUAAUGGAAUUGGUGGAGCUUUUUUUGAAUUUGUUUAUGGAACUCAUCCUAUUAAAUCUGUAUUACAAGCAAGAAAAAGACCAAUCUUGGGAUUAUAUACUUUCAAUUCAGAUGAUAAUGAUUUAAUUAAAAAAGCAGAAAAAGAAUAUGGAAUAAAGACUCAAAAUGUUAGAGACAAAAAUGCAUUAAAUAUUUUAACCAAAAAUGGAGUUCAUAAUGGGUUAGUAUUGAAAACAAAACCUUUAGACAUACCGUAUAUUACUGAGGUAGGUCAUUCUGAAGAUAGUAAAUAUAAACUUACAAUUGAAGAUGAUGAUGGAAUAGAUACAAACAUUGAAAAAUCAGUAAUUAGAACUAACUUAAAAGAAAAAGAAGAAUUAUAUCCAUUAGCGUUAUAUUUAGAUGAAAUAACAGAUCCUCAAAAUAUGGGAUCAAUAAUAAGAACAGCAUUUUUUUAUGGAGUUGAUUUUAUAGUAAUACCAGAUCAUACAAGUGCAAAAUUAGGACCAGUUGCAAAUAAAGCAUCAUCAGGUGCAUUAGAUUUAAUUGAUAUUUAUCAAACUGAUCAAAGUUUAAAAUUUAUAGAUUCUGUAAAAAAUAAUGGUUGGAAUAUUAUAUCAACAAGUUCAAAACCUGAUAAUUUGAAUUUAGAAGAAUUAAAAGAUAAAAAUUAUAAAAUUGAAAUGAAUUUAAAAGAUAAAUUUAUUGAAUUAAAUGAUUUAAAAACUAUAAUAAAUAAAACUCCAAUAAUGUUAGUUAUAGGAAGUGAAGGUAAAGGAGUUAGAACUAAUAUGAAAAUAAGAAGUGAUUAUUUAGUUGGUAUUCCAAAAUAUAGAAAUGAUAAUGAUGAAAUUGUUGAUUCAUUAAAUGUUGGUGUUGCAACUGGUGUAAUUAUUCAAAAUUGUUUAUAG